UCUGUUUCACUGCGGUUUCGUCCAACAAUCCGCCUCUUGUCAUUCGUUCACCCUCUUUUCGAAGCUUCUCUCAAUCAUUGAACCUUGAAUCUUUCUUUUCUUAUAAUUGACUGCUCAACCAGCGGGGCUGGCAUUGAGCAUACUUCCUUUUUCUACCAUGUCCAAACAACCUACCAAAGUCCUCUUUCUGGCCAACAGUGAACAUGGUCAAACGAACAUCAUCCUGGCAAUCACGCACGAGCUCCUCGUCCAAGGAGACGUUGAAGUCCAUAUUGGCUCAUUCCCGGUCCUUGAGCGCCGGGUGGAGAAACUUCUGGCAGACAACGCACCUGCUUAUGACGAGUCCUUCCGGUCGCGUAUUCAUUUCCACCCUGUAAGGGGUCCCUCCAACACCGAUGUCUUCAUCCGCACGGGCAAGCGUGGUGCCUUUCACCCCCCGGGCUACCAUGGUGCUGUCCUCGGCUUCCAGUCUCUGUGUGAAGACAUCUGGGGUUGGACGGAGGAGGAAUAUGUUGACAUCUAUGAGAGUUGCGUUGAGAUCAUCCAGGAGGUCAAGCCUUCGACGAUUGCAAUUGACUUCUUCUUCCUUCAAGGCAGAGAUGCUGCCUACAACACGGGCCAUACAGCCAUCCUGAUUAAUACAACCUCCCUGAGUCACAUUGUGCUCGGAAUGCAACCCAACUCGGCUGCUCUAUGGAAAUACCCCCUACCUGGAACUGGCUUCCCCUACCCCAUCCCCUGGCAUCUCAUCCCGCUCAACGUCAUGGCUGUCCUCAAGACGGCCAAGAUGUACCAUGGCAGUGGACGACGUCGGGAGAUCCGUGAAUGGCGCAUCAAGCACAAGAUCCACGGUCGCUUUCCGUUUGCCGAUGCCUGGCGUCCGGAUAGAUACCACAUCUCUCCAGGCCUGAAAGAGCUGGACUGGCCAUUCAGCAAGAUGCCUGAGAAUAUCCUCCCGGCUGGGCCAAUCCUGCUUCCCACCGCUUCGGUCGAGAAGCAGGAUCCUCAGAUGCACAAGUGGCUGAAGCAGGCCCCAACUAUCCUCGUCAAUCUCGGAACCUUGUAUGCACCUGAUCCCAAGGUUGCUGAGGAGAUUGCAACUGGCCUGAAGGGAUUUCUCAACGCCUGGAAGGGCGAGAAAGUGCAGAUCCUGUGGAAGCUGCCCAAGCAUCCACAUGAUAAAGACGACAUUUACAGCCGCUCCAUCGAGCCUCUCAAGAAGGAGACCGACGAGGGAAGCGUGCUGAUCCGCCCGUGGUUUGAGGUGGAGCCCAUGGCCAUGUUGCAAACGGGCCAGAUUGUCUGCUCCGUCCACCACGGCGGUGCCAACUCGUGGUACGAAGCUAUUCAAAAUGGCGUUCCCCAUAUCGUCCUUCCAGCCUGGCAAGACUGCUACGAGAACGCUGCUCGGGCGGAAUGGCUAGGCAUUGGAGUCUACGGCAACAAGAGCCGGGCUCCCAACAUCAGCGCUAAAGAGUUGAGCAAAGGACUGCUGAAGGUGAUGAGCAACCGCUCUUACAAGGAAAAGGCAACCGAAAUUGCCAAGCUGUGUAAGAAAGAAGGUCGUGUCGCCGCUGCAGAAAAGAUUGCAGAACUGGCACGUAACCCGGAGAAAGCGACAGCGAUCCACAUCCCUGAAGCCGACCCAGAGAAUCAACCACGAUUGUACGAGAUCAAAAAUCGUGCAGGCCAGACCCUCCAAACUGCGCAGAUGCCCAAGACCGAAGGCAAAGGCGCAUCCAAACCCUUCCUAACCGACAUGGCCGAAUCCGUUCUCAUGACUCUCCUCUGCACCACCUGGUUCCACCUCCCUCUCCUGGGCUACUCUCUCCUUCUGAUUCCCCGUCUCCGCCUGGUCGUCCUCCUCUACAUUCUCUACAUCAAAUACUUUUCCAAGGCCCACAAAUCCGGCACCCUGCCCUACCGCAACGACGCCUUCCGCACCUCCUUCGUUUGGAAAGCCUUCGCCUCAUACUUCCCUCUCACCCUCUACCGUUCUGCUCCUCUAUCCCCAAGAAGAAAAUACAUUUUCGGCUACCACCCGCACGGCGUUGCCCUGCGCGGGGCAUUUGGCUCCUUUGCCGCUGACAGCGUCGGCUUUUCCUCCCUCUUCCCAGGACUAACCAACACCCUGCUUGUCAAAGACGGCUUCUUCUAUCAACCCUUCCUGCGCGAAUAUCUCCUUGCCACAGGGGCAAGCGGCGUCUCCCGCACCUCAUGCAUCAAGCACCUCACUCGCGGUGGACAUGACGAGCGAGGCAUGGGCCGCUCCAUCGCAAUCACUGUCGGCGGGAGUCGUGAGUAUAACAUCGCCAAGCCGGGCACCAUGGGGAUUGUAAUCAAGAUCCGCAAGGGCUUCGUCCGCGUCGCGGUCGAGACAGGGGCGGAUCUAGUCCCUGUUAUUGCGUUCGGAGAGAACGAGUUGUUUGAUUUGAUUGAUACGAAGUCGUCGUCGGCACUAGGGUUGGUCGCGAGAGCGUGGGAGUUUGCGGUCGGUCACAAGGUUGCGUUUUCGAAAGGCAGGUUUGGGUUGUUUUGUCCGCAUAGGAAGCCACUCAAUGUUGUUGUCGGCAAGCCGAUUGAGGUUGUGCAGCAGAGGUGGGAUAUGGAUGAGAAGUAUGUUGAUAAGUUGCAUGAGACGUAUGUGCAGGAGUUGACGAGGUUGUGGGAUGAUUGGAAGGAGACGUUUGGAGUGGAGAGGGAUGUGAAGUUUGAGAUUGUGGAGUAAUCUGUCUUGUCUCACUCUACCAGUUACUACUUUCUCUGGAUAUUUUUGUGGCCAGCUGGCUGGCUGGUAUUUUGGGGUUUGUGACUCUUGUUGUAUAUUUCUCUGAUAGCUUUUUUAUACCUUGCAUAGUAGGGAGACUGAACACUUAAUGCUUGCAAAGAAGAUAC